UGAAAAUCGCUUUUUACUUUAUUGCGGAGUCUGUGAAAUUGCAUUCUGCCUUUUAAUUUGUGGGGGUCCUCUGAAAAUCGCAGUCACGCCCCAAUUACUGGACUCUUGUGCCCACUGAGUCGCAAAUGUCACAAAAAUGAGCUGAUCAAAAUGAGUUUCCGAUCCGUUUCACUGACCCAAAUUGAUCUGAAAGCACACAGUUGAGCUGCCAUUCAGAUCUCGCGACCUUUCAUGCGGCUUAGCUGUCUGCGACUAUCUGACUAUCGCAGAUUUCAUAUCAGACUAAUUACCGGCAAGGCCGUCUGUGGCCGAGAUUGCUCGGCAGUUCCUGCCUAAUUCAAUUUGGAUGGAGCCCUAGUACUUCGGCAAUCGAAAUCAUGGCGCAAUACUCGCGGAGCGCCACUCAGGGGUUCUUCAACUCGAGUGGUGGCGAAAAGCUAAUCAAUCAUCCGCAGAUUAUCAAGAUUUAAUCAAGCCACCAACUGCGACGCCGAAUUACAUACGACUACAGCUGCUGUUGUGACAUACGCGGUGUAGUAUUUGGCGAGCUGGUUUUGUUUUUUGGCCUUAUCAAGACUUGCUAAUGGCUGAAUCACGGCCGUCAAAGACCGAGAGACGAGCGAGAAACUGCCUUGAAUUUGAGAUGGCUGUGAUGCCAGUGAUCUCACGUCUGAAUGGCAGCAGCUGUGGGUUGGUAACUGAAGUGUGGGUGCUGUCUCCUGAUAACUCCUAUCCCAGCCAUAAGUAAUGCUAUGUGUGCAAAACCUAUGAAAAUGCCUGCAAUGAGGCAGAGCCUCAUACAAUUAACACAAUCAUUGACGUCACCAGCAAAAGGUUCACACGCUGGUAAGACGACGUUGUCACACCCAGCAGCAAUUCAAAACAAAUGCUAUAUUAAGUAAAACAAAGUCCGCACGCUAAAUUGGCCAGUGAUCCGAAAUGAAUUUCACAUGAAGUUCUAGCUCCUCUGCUAUCAAUCAGAAACUGCGAUUUCUGGCGGAUAAGAUUGCGGUGAACUUAAAGAAGGGAGCACUAGCACCCAGUUAUGCGGUGAUAUGGCUCAGUUCCUUGAAGAAGCCCCAAUCGAUCGGUUGUCCAUCAUGGGAUUGCACGAAAAGCUGCGAAAGUUUCACCAUCACCAGCAAAUUUUAGGGGUGAGCUCAGGGGAUCUGGAUGGUUCUCUCCAAAUGCUAGCAUUUUUCAAUUUCCACAUUGAAUGAUCACGAAGAGAUACUUAUCGGCAGCGAUUAUUCGCUAUUGUGGUUCUAGGACCUACGUACAUUUACUAAAUAUCCCCUACUACAAUAUCCCCUAGCUGAAAAUCCUAAAUCCUAAAUGGCUUGCGAUCGAGCAGGCGUUGUGUUUGCCUUCAUCGGUUUUCAUCUGGGGGUUCGUUGAGCAGCUUCAUUUCGUUGCCAGUCGUUGUUUUAUUUCGUUUCGUACAGAGCUCUCCAAAGUAGAAAAUUCGAAUUUACAUACCCAAUUGGGGUUUAUUCCGUGUUUUGUUGGUCUUGCGAGUCCGUGAAAGUGAGUUCUUAGUCCGUAAAGAAGCGUGCUUCGUUUUCGCAAGGUUCUUGCUAAAUUGUGCGUGUAUCUAUUGGUUCCCACGAUGAGUACCCACCAGUGCAGCCUGGGAAAGCUCGCCCGCCGAGGCGCCAGCCUACAGAUCACCCAGCUGGCCGCCACGAUGCGGAGUCUAUACCACACCCGGAGCAGGCCAUGUGUGGCCCAGAGCAUGGGUCAGUUGUGCCAACGGUCCAAGCCAGCGGCGCAGCCCUGCAACUUCGAGCGAGGUCGGGUGCGAAAGAUCGCCGGGGUGAAGAAGACGGUGGCCAACCAGAUGCAGGGCAUGGGCCCCAGCCUGGGACAUGCCAAGGUGGCGCCGUACAAGAUCUACGGCAAGACGCGACUGUUUUCCUCCGCAAGCAGCCUCAACAGUCGCUUGCAGCACCUGGCGCAAGAGGAGGACGGGGAGGAGUACUCGGUCCAGGAGGCCCAGCCCCCGCACACCACGGCUUCAUUGUCGGCCACCCAGCGGCGGUACAACCAGGCGGCAGGACUCGGCAAGGGCAUGGCCAUGCAGACGGCCAAAGACAUCAGCCAGUCCAUCCAGGAGGAGCUAAUGGUGGUGGACGCCGACACGCGCGACAUGCUUAACUGCGAUCCCAGUCGCAAGGCGCUGCGGGACUACCACGACCAGAUGGCCCAGCGCUCAAAGAACUCCGUCGACCCCAUGCAGGGUUGGAAGCAUCCAAAGAACCUGAAGUAUCUUUCCAAUCUGCCGGCCGAGAGCAGUGCCAGUAGCCCAGCAGCCCAGCCCGAGGAGGAAGCCCAACGGCAGGUGAGGCCACGUCGCCGCCAGAUGGUCAUGGGUCAUGCCAUUCGCAAUCUCGACGCCAUAUCCAAUCCCCCGCUUCAGCUCGGUUCCGGACCCGGACCCAGGUUCGAGAUGUACACCUCCAAUGCUAAGGAGAUGUUCUCGGAGCAGCGCAGCGAGCUGCGUCCACAGACCAGUUGGCACAGCCCAAAGCCAGCCGCCGAGGACAGUUCCGAGGAUCAGCUUAUGGACGUGUCGAUGGUGCGACCAGAGCGCCCAGAUAUCACAGUGGCCAGGGCUACCUGGAAGCCCGUGCAGGACGCACCCGAAUCGGACUCGUGGUACGAGCAGCCCAAAGCCGAGCGGGAGUUCCUAAAGCAGACUUUCCUCGGCGGAGCCAAGAGUCGCCGGAAGAUGGGACAAUCCCAGUUGGACGAGCUCCACUACGAGGCGACCGACAAUGCGGCCCAGAUCAGUGCCUCCCAGCAGGUGAUCAACCAGAAGUACGCCGGCUUCCGCAAGUCGGCCAGGGGCAAUCAGAAGCAAAUUAUAGAGUCGGUAAACCCGACGCCGCAGCUCAAGCCUCAUCAACGGGCCAUGUCGGAGCCCCGGGACACGCGCCGAAGGCGUGGAACUGCGAAACAGGGCGUCGAACGACAGGCUGCACCUCGGUUUUUCGGGGGGAACCGUAAGCCAGCUGCGGAAGAUCAGGACGAUGAAGAGGAUUCCAGGGAGUCCAACUGGCCAUCGCCUAGUAACUCGCUGCUCCCCACAUCCUCGCGAAGCGAUCCUCGCCUACAAACGGAGAGCAGGACGCGUGGCCGGAGUGUCAUGGGCGAGAAGCGGGGCCCGAAGAAGUCGCCGGCCGCUGAAGCCGCCGUGGAGCACGACGAGAUCGCGAUGCCGCCGGGCUACAAAAAGCAGUCGGCCGUCCAACGCCUGGGAAGUGCUUCUUCCAAGUACAACAGCCGCGCCUUCAACAGCUACUAAGUAGCAGUUGUGCCGCACCUUCUGCCUUUCCGAAAGUUCACUCUAAUUUCCUACGAUAGAUGGUCUAGCCAUUCGGAAACUCACAUUCGCUGUCAAAAUCCCUGAAAGUCGACCAAAUUGAGGCCUGCAUAUUGUGUUCGCCAAGUGUAGUAUUUUCAACGCAAACUUUAGGCAAUUUAAAUAAAAUUGAUUGCAGUUGCGUAAACUGAUUGCCA